AUGGUUUCUACCAUCUUACUUUCUAUAGCUGUGGUCGUAAGUGCUUUUGUAUUUUCCCAAUAUCGAAGUCUACAGCGACGAAUCGAGGAAGCCAAAAAAUCGGGGUUUAAAUAUGCAAUUUCUCUAGUAUACUUCCAAUCGAUACCAUGGAUCAUCCUCCAGAAUAUCUUUAUACCGUUCCUUUCCAGACUUCCCAGCAAAUGGACUCAGUCAUGGCUUCCGCUUUCAAAAUGGGGCGAGACCUGGCAUGAAGGCUAUGAGCCCUUCAAGAGAAUGAAUGAUGAUUCGAUAAUGAUAGUUUCCGCAGGGGGCAAUAUACUCUGGACAUGCGAUCCCGAAGUUAUCAUGCAGGUGUCUACCCGACGCAACGACUUUGUUAAGCCAACUGAAAUGCUUGACAUGCUCAAUAUUUAUGGGCCUACCAUCACCGCUGCUGAGGGGGAAGAGCACCGCAUUUUCAAAAAAGUGGCUUCGCCAUCGUUCAAUGACAAAAACUUUCAGGCGGUUUGGACAGGUGCUAUUGAGCAAACUGAGAUGAUGACGCAAAAGUGGCUCGAUAAUGGCUCUGUUUCUGACCUCAACAGCGAUGCUGCAAAGCUCGCUUUGCAUGUCAUCAGCAAGGUGUUCUUUGGAAAGACCAUCACGUGGACGGAGAAUGAUACGAAACCCAGUCCAGGGCACACUUUGACUUAUGAACGUGCAAUAAGUACCGUUUUCGAGUACAACAGUACUAUAUUUCUAACCCCUCGACCAAUUCUUAACUAUUUCCCUUUGAAAAUCCACAAAACCGCAAAGUAAGCGUUCGUAGAAUGGGGAAAAUACAUGGAAGAUAUGCGAGACAGCACCGCCAAACAUCUCCAAACUCACGAUGUGAAAGGAGAAGGGACUCUCCUCGAACACUUUGUGAAAGCCGGUACGCCCGGACUCAGCAGUGCUGACUUGUCGAUCCCCGAGGCUGCGAUCCUCGGCAACAUUUUCAUCUUCAUUCUCGCAGGCCACGAAACGAGCACAAAUAUCUUCACAUACGCUGUGAUUCUUUUAGCAUGUAGGCCUGAUUUUCAAUCAUCUCUACAAGCCGAAAUCAGUACUAUUAUCGGUGGCCGUCAACCAAGUCAGUGGUCCUAUAAAGCGGACUUCUCUAAACUCAUCAACGGCCACGUCGGUGCGCUAAUGAAAGAAACACUUCGACUCUACACCGUCCUUCCCUUUCU